GCUACACCCACACACGUAGGUGAACUGCACUGGACCCUCGUGCAACCGAACGACGCACAGUGCGUGCCUACAGUUGGGAGAAGAAUGUCAGACCUGCAUGCUGCCUGUUCACGUGGGAACGUUGAGAAAGUGUUAGAACUUCUGCGAGGUGGAGCGAAAACAUCGUGCGUGAACGUACGCAUGGAGACGCCUCUCCACGUCGCCUGCGCACUUUCGCGGGACAGGGCGGAAGAGAAGAUGGAGAUUGUGAAACAGCUGCUGCUGCAUGACGCGCCCCUGCAAGAGGAAGAUGAGCGCGGGCGAACGCCUUUCAUGCUCGCCUACGAAACAGCCAGCGCGGAUGUUGCAGCCGCGCUGCAAGACAAUGGAGCGGACCUCCGCGCGUGUUACCAUGGCGACGGAACGAUGCUGCACCCAGCCGUGGCCGGCGGGAACGAGCGGGUCCUGUCGCCGGCCUGCUCUGGCCAUCUGGACAUCGUGCGCCUGCUACUGGAGGCCGGCGCCAACCCCAAUGUCGCUGAUACCGAGAGCGGAGCGACGCCACUGAUGAAGGCGGUGAGUAAGGGCGAGGAAGCGUACGGACAGACCUCACUGUACCACGCGGCUCGCUUUGGCAGGCUGGACAUCCUGCGCCUGCUACUGGAGGCCGGCGCCGACGGCAACGCCGCGGACUCGUACGGAGUGACCUCCUUGCACAUCGCGGCUUGCUACAGGCAACUGCACAUCGUGCGCCUGCUACUGGAGGCCGGCGCCGACCCCAACGUCGCCGAGACGAAUAGAGGAGAGACGCCGCUGAUGAGGGCGGUGGAGGAGGACAGGGAGAUGAUGGAGCGGAUACUGCUCUCGCACGGCGUCGACGCCAACACCGCAGACUCGCAAGGAGAGACCUCCCUGUACCACGCGGCUUGCUCUGGCCAGCUAGACAUCGUGAACCUGCUACUGGAGGCCGGCGCCGACCCCAACGUCGCGGACUCGUACGGACGGACCACCCUGUACCGCGCAUCUUGCUUUGGCCGGCUGGACAUUGUGCGCCUGCUACUGGAGACCGGUGCCAAUCCAAACGUCGCCGAGACGAGGAACGGGGCGACGCCACUGAUGAUGGCGGUGAAGGAUGGCGAGGAGGCGGUGGUGCGGAUGCUGCUCUCACACGGCGCCGACGCCAACGCCGCGGACUCGCAAGGAAGGAAUUCCCUGUACUACGCGGCUUUUUCUGGCUGGCUGGACAUCGUGCGCCUGCUACUGGAGGCCGGCGCAGAUCCAACCUCUCUGUACCACGCGGCUUGCUUAGUCCGGAUGGACAUCGGGCGCCUGCUACUGGAGGCCGGCGCCGACCCCAACGUCGCCAAGACGAACAGUAGAGCGAUGCCGCUGAUGAUGGCGGUGAAUAAGGGCGAUGAGGCGGUGGUGCGAAUGCUGCUCUCACACGGCGCCGACGCCAACGCCGCGGACUCAUACGGACAGACCACCCUGUACCAAGCGGCUUGCUUUGACCGGCUGGACAUCGUGCGCCUGUUACUGGAGGCCGGCGCCGACCCCAACGUCGCCCAGAAUAUGAGCGAAAAGAUGCCGCUGAUGAUGGCGGUGAAUAAGGGCAAGGAGGCGGUGGUGCAGAUGCUGCUCUCACACGGCGCCGACGCCAACGCCGCGAACUCGUACGGAGUGACCUCCCUGCACGUCGCGGUCGUCUCUGGCCGGCUGGACAUCAUGUGCAUGCUACUGGAGGCCGGCGCCGACCCCAAUGUCGCCGCGACGGAAAAAGUGGACGGCAAAAGUUUCACCGCGUUGCACUACUCCUGUGAUCGACUUCAUAUCGAGAUGAUUACUCACCUCUUGAAACACGGCGCUAACCCGAACCUCGUUGAUUGUAACAAGAGAACGCCGCUCGCUAUAAUAGGCAGCAAGGUAGAGGUGAGAAUCUCCAGAAUGACUGAGCGAGCAGAACAAGCGGAGUCGGUGGUACAAGCGGCUUCAGCUCUCCUACAGACGUGCGAGUCCGCCGGCGUUCUUCUACAGGUUAACACACGUGACAUCGAUGGCGACACCCCGCUGCACAGCUUCUGUAGGAUGAUGCUCGCAUGGAGGGACGAUGUUUACGCGCGAGAGAGGGAGGGGUGCGUGCAGAUAGUGCACGCGCUGCUGUUCAACCACGGCGCACACGUCGACGUGGUGAACGCACGGGGAAAGACGCCGUACAAACUCUGGCGCCGGAUUUACUCAAAGCAUUUCCGCCUCGGCAACGUGGAGUCGAGCAACGAGAUACAUGGCAGAAUGAGCGCGCAAUAUCAUUCGCUGAAGUGCCACUGCGCGCGCUCUAUCGUCAGACACAGCCUUGCAUACGAGAACAGGCUGCCUACGAGUCUCAUAGAAUUUGUCAGGGCACACGCUAGACCAACGUAGGCGAUACUAAGCGCGUUAACCGAGGAAGCCCAUGUAGGAUCGGAGAUGCGAUAACCCAGAAGAUAUCAUCCCAAUUAGAUCUAUGUUCUAAUUGUUGCACAUGUUGGCAGACGUGUUUCAUUGCAAUGUAAAAUCGAGUAUAUGUAGUAACACUAUUCAGUUUAUAUAGAAAUGUGUAGAUUAUCGGUAUGAUGCAUUGGUGAAUUGGC